UUGUGACUUUGGGGGAUUUGUAAGGGGCUUUGCUGCCCGAGCUCCGCGUCCCCUGGAGCCAGGCGGGGCUGUGGGCUGCGUCGCGGUUGCUUUUCUGGUCGCGCGUUUUCUGCUUUCUUCAGCACAGGCUAUGCCACAGGCUGUGGGUCUUGCGGAAGCCUUGAGGUCUUGAGGCAAAUAGCGUAGUGCUGGUUAGCUCCCUGGAGACUGUAUUGCUUCCUCUCCUAAAAACCUAGGUGCCGGCGGUGUAGUCUCUUUCCUGGACAGCGCGAGAGAGAACAAUGCAGAAGGACUCGGGCCCGCUAGUGCCUUUACAUUGGAUUGGCUUUGGCUAUGCAGCACUGGUUGCUUCUGGUGGGAUCAUUGGCUAUGCCAAAGCAGGUAGCGUCCCAUCCCUGGCUGCUGGGCUCCUCUUCGGUGGCUUAGCAGGCCUGGGUGCUUAUCAGCUGUCUCAGGAUCCAAGGAACAUUUGGGUUUUCCUAGUUACAUCUGGAACCUUGGCUGGCAUUAUGGGAAUGAGAUUCUACCACUCUGGAAAAUUUAUGCCUGCGGGCUUAAUUGCAGGUGCCAGUGAGAUCAGGAUCGCCAGCUGUACGUACUGUUUUAAGGCCUCAGCACAAGACUGCCCGCGCCAUGUUUUUUCUUUGGUGCCCCCAGGGAUGGAAGUCCCAUCUCUGCCUGCUUGGCACCUGCUCACUAUGUGGUUUGCUGAUGGUCGCCAAACUUGGGAUUAGUGUGUUCAGCAAACCCCAUUAGUCAUAGUCAUGUCCCAGCUUGGACUCCUGAAGAAUUUAAGAACUUCCACUAUUUUUAGUCUAUUAGGAGAAAUAAAUGCAGCAUUUUCACAUAUACUGACAUUUUACUUUAAAAAAAAAAGAUACUGAUCUCUGCAGGGGAAAAAUAUUAAUCAUUAUUAUUACAGCCCUAAAGAGGUGGGUAUCCUACAACAUAAAUGCUUAUUGUUAUAAUACCCUCAUAUAAUUUGAUUCUUGUAUGUUGACAUUACUUCUUCUUUUUGUAUUUUUACAUAAAUCUCAAGGGGUAAAUGUUAAGUGUCAACAUUGGGGGCCCUGAAACCCCAUACCCUACUUAGAGAAACUGUGUAUCUGUUCUUUUGUUCAUUUUAGAGCACAGGCCUAACUUUGAAAUUAUGUUAAAUGAAAUAUCAGUGAAAAUAAAAUUUACUAUAAAUAAUA